AGCAGGCGGCGCAUUCCUCUCCAUUCGCUUCUGAUUCCUCCCAAACCAUACUUGUACUCUUCUUCAACAAAAUUCGACCAUAAUUCUUUCCUUUUUGAUAAUCACCAGUAACGCCAUUUCACUCUAGAAACCUACUUCUCCUUCAUCCAAAGAAGCGCAUUUGGCGUUGGUGCUGAUGAUUCGGGUGAGUUUAUAGACGCUGAUAUUCAGGGUGUUGGUCCAUUUCGAUGCUAAGAUACGGCUUCCGGCGUCUGGCCCACUCAUUGGCUCAACCUGCGCCGUUGGCGACUGCCAUCAACCACCAUUUCAGUGUCACAUUGCCGCCGCUUGUUUUACCGGAAAAUCAUGACGAAAAUAUUAGUGGAUCUCAUUUUACCGAUUCGCCCUUUUCCGGCGGAGCUAUGGAGCUGAUGGCGGUCCCCAAGAGGAAGGUUUCUCCACACAGGAGAGGUAUUAGAAAUGGACCAAAGGCUUUGAAACCUGUCCCAGUAAUAAUCAAGUGCAAGGUGUGCGGCCGUGUCAAGCUACCUCACUUCUUCUGUUGCAGCGGGAUCAAGCCAAAUUCUGAAGAAAACAACAAUUAGAAAUAACUGCCUUAUGUGUUCUUGAUCUGCUGCACAAAUUGAAGUUUAUAAGAGGAAAUUUGAUCUGCUGAGCACGUCGUCUCUUAGAUUUGUCUGUGAUCAUUUUUAUCAGAUUAUGUACUCUUCUUUGCUUGCUUUUUCUACUUCUUUUGGUAGACAUUUUGCAGUUGUUGAUCAGGAUGAGGUUCUCUGCUCAGUGCUGAAUAAUGCUCAUGUUAAAUUUUGGGCGCUGUGUUCUGAUUUUUAGAGUUAUAUUUUAUUGCUGCUGAUAGAUAUUGGAUAAUUAUUGUAUUUCAUUUAUUUUGGUUUUAACUAUCCUAUGUCGUGUGUGCUAUAAA